AUGAUCCUCACGCAGUGCGCCGUCUGCGCCACCGAGCUUGGGCUAUCCUUGGGGAAGAAAUGCGGCCGCUGCAGCACGCGCUACUGCGGCGCCGAGUGCCAGGUGCAGCACUGGAAAGAGGGCGGCCACGACACGCUCUGCAAGAAGAUAAAGAAAGCAGGCGGCGCGGAGCAAUAUCAUGCUGAUACAAAAUACACGGAGGCCGUAUCGGUCGCGGUCGAGAAGUGCGCCGAGGACACGAAGGGCCAGACGUGCUUCAUCUGCACGCAAGCCCUUCAUUGGAAGACGAAGGAGGGCCUCGUGCGCGGGUGCGCGUGCCGCGGAACGGCGGGUUUUGCGCACGUGUCGUGCCUGGUGGAGCAGGCGAAGCUUUUGUUCGAGGAGGCCAAGGCGAACAACUGGCAUGACAAGAGGGGCCAAGCGAGCUGGCGGCGGUGGCACAAGUGUAGCCUGUGCGAGCAAGGUUACCACAGUGUCGUGUCGUGUGCGCUCGGGUGGGCGUGCUGGAAGACGUACCUGAAGUACUCGGAUAAUGAAGUGCUUCAGCAACUUGCGAUGUCGCGGCUCGGGUGUGGUUUAUCUGAUGCAGACCGCCACGCGGACGCGGCGUCCAUCAGAGAGGCCGAGUUGUCUAUGCUGCGGCGCCUUGAAGGAUCAGAAAGUAGCAUACUCACUGUGCAGAGCAACCUUGCGAAUUCGUAUCAAAUGCUAGGUAGGCUAGGCGAAGCCCUACGCCUACGGCGAGACGUAUACUCUGGACGUUUGAAGCUCAAUGGCGAUCAACAUGCGGACACCCUCCUGGCAGUUACCAACUACGCGUCGUGCCUUCUGAGUCUACGGCGCUUCGGAGAAGUCAAGUCACUGCUGCGCAAAGCUAUACCCGUGGCGCCACGCGUUCUCGGAGAGAGUGAUAGUGUCACGCUCAAGAUGAGGGGAUGUUACGCAGAGGCGCUCAAAAGUGACCCUGGCGCCACGCUCGACGACGUCCGCGAGGCCGUGACGACGUUCGAGGAGUUGGAACGGACCGCGCGGCGCGUCUUCGGUGGUGCGCAUCCGAUCACAAAGGGGCUUGAGAAAUGCCUGCGAGAUGCACGAGCAGCCUUCCACGCCCGCGAAAGCGACGUCGAAUCAAUCCGCGAAGGCGUCGAGGCGAUGCCGCCGGGGGGCGCGUAAGGCACGAGGAG